CGCUGCCCUCCCCGCUGGGAGCGCCGCCGCUGCCAGGCGCCCGGGCCGCGGGGCCCUGCGCCGGUUGGCUGCGCUGCUGCCCGCGGAGAGCCCGGGCCGGGCUGCCUUCACGUGCCGCCCUCAGCCGCGUGACAAACGAGGCCGCUGUUAGUGCGAGUGAGGGCGCGCUCACACACAGCGCUCGGGCUCCCGGGGAAGGAAAGGCGCCUGUGGGAGAACCCCGCUCUUCCACGGGUGUUCAGUGACUGCCCUGCCGUGAGGGGACAGAGGCUUCGAGUAAAGGUGUUAACAUGGCUGCUCUCACAGAACCGUUAGAUCACUGAGACCUCAGGAUUCUUCAUGGUGCCCACUGCAUGUAGAGAUCCAGCACAAAAUCACUGUUGGAUAGCUCAUCCCAGAGCAAUCUCAGAAUGAGAAAAUAGAUUGUAAAAGAGCAUAAAAUUGAGAUAAGAUGGAGGAAGGUGACUUUAUUAGCUCCCUAACUGCAUGGAUUGCUAAUUCCAAAGGAGCUCUGGGGAAUCCAGACUUUGCAGUUGGGCUGGUCCUGCCCUUCCUGUGUCCAGCAGAGGAGCCCCAGGAGGCAGAGCUCUGACUUCUCAGAAUGUACAAUUCAGGUGCAUGUGUGGGGCACUGAAGCACCACAAGUCACACGGAGCAGUAGCUGUCCUUCUGUAGGUGAUGUCACUUGGCAUGGAGUAAGGUGCCCUAGUAAAUUAACAACUUUACACUGACUGGAAUAGCCACGGAAGAGUGUUUGACGUUCCUGCAGUUGUGCAGAGAAGGUGGGAGGUGUGUUCCUUCUGUGGCCACAACAAGGAGCAAGUGUGGGCAGUGAACCAUCAGUGAUCUUUGCAAUGCUCUUCACCAGUGCACAGGGACAGUUUGGCCCAAGUCUGAAGACUCAGAAUGAUUUUAGGUACUGAUGAUUCCUGGUACAGGAAGGAGUUUGACAUCUUUGACUCAAAAAGUCCCUUGGAAAUUGCCAGAACAGGUCAUUAGUAGUGGACCUAUUACACGAAUCAGAGAGUUGGGAGAGGUCAUUUACCAUUCCUAAGCUGGAUUAGCUUUUGAAUUUUUUCUGGUGUUCUCUACAUCUGCAGAAUUGCCUAUUGAAGCAACUUCUGUUAGCAACAGCACACCCAAACCAAGGAGCUGUUAUCAGCAUUGUAAGGAACAGUCAUAGCUGUUUCUGCAUAUAUUAAAAUUAUAAUUAUACAGCAGAUAUUUUAAAAAAUCAAAGGUCUUCUUUUUGCGUGCUGUGUAAGUGGGCUUAUUUUUAAUUAGCUAGAAAAGCUAGUAAUUACUUGAGUAGUUUGGUACUACAUAAAUGAAUUAAAGCAAAUCCCAAAUCACCUGCUCAAGCUUUACUGAUGUCUUGGUGGUUAUUAAAUAAUUUUUAUUUAUCAGUAAUAGCCUGAAACAGUAGUUUCAUGCCAAAACAGCAUGUAAAAUAUGGCAUUUCUAGCAAACUUUAAUUUUAAAUAUCUCUAGUGUUUUAAUAAUUUAGUUGAAACUAUAAUUUUCUGGGAGAUGAAAUGAUCUCCUAACCGUGCUGUGAAGAUUUUACAUUUAUUUCAGAUGGGUUAAAAUCAAGUACUGAAUAGUGAAGUCACAUUUGACUGUUUGAUUAGCAAUAGUAAAUGAAGACAAAUAGGUCAAUAAUUAAAUUUAAGUUUAACUUCACUAUGUGUUUCCAUGUAUCAGAAUCAGAAACUAGGUGUUGCUAUAAAUUUAUUUUUCUGUGCAAAUUUGACAGAAAUAGGUGCUGAAUAUUUCUAAAAUAAAUUCCCUUUUUUAGAUUUUGUAUAUCUGUUUUUAUAGGCUCUAAGUAGUUAAGUAGUGUUUUUACCAGUUAAACUAUGAAAUAUUCCCAUGAAUUUUAGGUAUUUUUAAAAUUGCAAAGAAAAAGUAAAUUUUUUUUUUCUUUUUUGCAUCUGCUGAUAUUUAUUAUUGUGCUUAUUGUAUAAACCACAUUAUUUAAAGUCAAACUUACACAGCAGUGAAAAAUGUCCCAAAGAGCUGAGAUUCAUGUUUUUGUGGGGGCGCCCAGCAUCCCGGGGCUGGAGCCGAGCUGGGCCGCUGCUGGUGAGCGCUGGAAGGAGCUGCGCUGGUUGUGCCGCAGCCCUGGCUCUGUUCCUGCGGGGCCCCGCGCUGCCGCUGCCCCCUCCGUGCCCCAGGCAGGGAGCUCCGCACCCACACGGGUCCCCACCAGCGGGGCCCGAGCUCAGCAGGGCAGGGCCAGGGCAAAAGAAAGAAAAGAUUUGCCAUCUCCUGCCCCUGUGGCGCUAAACUGCGCGCCUGAAAAGAGCCCAGGUGUAACUUGCUCUGAUUGUGAGGAACCCAAAGACAGAAUUGCAGAUGUAAAUCAGGCUGCAGAUCAGCACCUGCCCCAGGGCUGUGCAGAGUCAGCUGGACAAGAGAAGCCAUCAGGUGCCUGCUGCCCAGAGCUCACUGAGACAAACGCCUGUCCUUCAGAAGUUGACAGCACCAACAUUUCUGCUUUGGUUGCCAGCACUGAGCAGGGCAGCAUCCACCUGCAGUCUGUGGGACUUGAGGCAGCUCACAGAAGUGAGCAUUAUGAACAUCUGAGUCAGGGUAUGGAUGUGCUUUUCCAAAAAGGUCAGGAGUCCAAGCCAAAAGAGCCAAAUGACUGUGCAGGCUUUGCAGUGUCAGCAGACACUGAGUUUCGUAGUGUAGUGACUUUGAGUCGGGUGGCUGUUUCUGCACAGAAUGAGAUGCAGGAAAGAAUUGUAAAACUAUCAGAAAUAGAAGCAGGCAAAAAAGCUGAAGAAGGACAGUAUAAUCACUUCCAGUGUGAUUCUGGUGUUGGAACAUGUACUACUACUGUUACUGAAAAUGAGUAUGAGGAAGAGGAUGCGAGUUCUCUUGAACUUUUCAGUUCUGAGGAUGAUGGGGAAAAUGUUUCUAUUAAAGCUAUAAAACAGGAAGAAUGUGCUCAGGAAAAUGCAGAAAAGCUUCAGGAACUUCAUGUUCCUGCUGAGGAACUUGUAAAUGAAAUCCUUAUAGAGCCAUUGAGCUCUGGGACACUGUGCUCUCAAGGGAACUGUUCUCACAAGAACUUUUCUAAAAGACCCCGCAAGCAUGAAGAUUCCUUUCAUCUUUCUCACUCAGCAUUUAGAAGACAGCUGAAAUCCAAGAGAGCUAAACUGAAUUCUUCUCCACCUGGUUCUGGGGUGAGAGUGGAUCCAGACAGGAUGGCAGAGUUCAAGAAACUCCAAAAGAAACUAUCACAACUUAAAAAUUGCUGCAGCAAAAAUCAAAAGUACAAUAUUUUGGUUGCAGUUGUACAUCCUUGUCAUAUCAAAGAAAUACAGAAGAAGACUAAACCAAAAUCUUCAUGUAAAGUUCCUGUGGCAACAAUUGUUGUUACUGACCAGUCAGAAAUUGAGAGAAAGGUGGUGCUGUGGCGUGAUGCUGCAUUUUGGUCCCUCACUGUGUUUCCUGGGGAUAUUGUACUGCUUACAGAUAUAAUAAUGUAUGAGAACCCUUGGUGUGGAGAGGUCAUGCUUCAGUCAACAUUUACCAGUCAGUUACUGAAUCUGGGGAACUGCUCAGCUCUCAAUGCAGAAAAAUUUUAUUCUCUAGUGGAUGAUGGUGUUCUGCAUGGUUUAUUGGCAUACCUAUCAUCAGAAUUUCCACACUUCAGAGACAUUCCACAAAGACAAGUUCAGAGACUGGAUGAUGUUCGGUAUGUGCAGCUAGAUCAGCUCCAGCCCAAUACUUUGGUGCACUCAAUCCUGAAAAUUAUCAAUAUUUCUGUGUUAACAGAAUCUGUGUACAGCUACAGAGGUGGCAGCCAAAGAAAAAUUAUUCUAACAGUAGAACAGAACAGAGAUCAACACUAUAGGAUGGUUCUGUGGGGAGCAGGGGCUGCCUGGUACCCCCAGCUUCAGAGGAAAAAAGACCACAUAUGGGCCUUCAAAUACCUUUUGGUCCAGUGUAGUUCUGUCUCAGGUGACCUGGAACUGCACACUACUCCAUGGUCAUCCUGUGAGUGCUUGUUUGAUGAUGAUAAAAGGGCAGUUGAAUUUAAAGAGAAGUUUCAGAAAAGUCAGACAUCCCUCAUGGAGUUGACAAGGCUCUCAGCACUCCUGGAUGAAAAAUGCUCAGGAGUGGUCCAAGUGAAAGCCCAUAUCUUGGAACUGAAAUUUACCAUUUCCACUGGUCAGUACAAGCAACUCAUCUUCUCUGCUGACACUUCCCUGGAAUGUGUUUUGGCUUCUCUGCCUAUGAUUACGUAUUCAGGUUGUGCCAAAUGUGCUUUGGAACUAGAGGCAGAUGAGAACAUGAUCUAUAAGCAAUGUAUUAGAUGUCUGCCAUACAGCAAAGUAAAAACAUUCUACAGACCUGCUUUGAUGACAGUAGAAGAUGAAGGACAUGAAAUUUAUGUUCAUGUGGUGUCUGAGUUGAUGGAAAAAAUCUUCCUCAAUAUUCCUGCAGACUGGCUGAAGAGAUCAGUAGUGCCCUCUUCAGAUAUAACCUACAGCGCAAUAGUAGCAGAUCUGUGUCAUUCACUGCUGGCAGAUACAGAAGCAUCCUAUUUGCUGGAAAUCAGAAGCCACUUUGUGCUAGAUGAGAACAGCUAUCCUUUGCAAAAGGAUUUCCAUCUGCUGAAUUUUCAUCCUGAUCUUUGACCUCUGCACUAAUUGAGUAACAAAGACCAUAAGGACACACAGAUGGGAAGCAGAAGAAAAAUUACUUAGCUGAAGGAAGCAAAUCUCUUAAAAACUAUAAUAAAGGAUUUUGGUUUUAACUUAUGAAAAAAACAAAACUAUUAAGAGGACUGGUAUUGAAUAUCUGCUAAUAGUAUAUACUGCUGGAGUAAUUCUGAUGAAUUUUAGUAAGAUAUAUUUUUAUACACGCAUAAUAUAUUUUUAUACAUGCAUAUUUGUGUUAAUAAUGAUGUUAAUAAACUCCAACAA